AUGAAGUCUCGUGAAAGGGAAGAUAUAAGCGAUACUCCCUCCUUUGCGAUAUCCCGUGAACCAGGAUUCGGCUUUCCAAUUCGAGAAGGAAUGCCAGUGUCCUUAAAAUGCGACGUCGACGCAAAUCCAAAAGCAUUACCAAUAUGGCAAAAGGACGAUGGAGCUCCACCAGUCCAACAAACUUCUGAUGGAAUGUUAAACUUUACAGAAAUUAGAAGGGAACACAGCGGCUGGUAUAAAUGUAUUGCCAAACAUCGUUUAGGCAGAUUCUCCAGCAUCGGGUAUUUCCUUAAUGUUCGAUCUUUUGAUUUAGUAAAACCAAAACAAUCCUAUAAUUUGAGUUGCGAUUUUUAA